CUACUAUGUUACGGUUGGUUGCAUUAGCAUCACCGCAGAUAGCACCAGGACGCCAAGUAUGAAGCUCGCUCACUUGUCUAUAGCAAAACAAACCUAGUAAAGCAGCCACCAUCCUUAUUGGCAAUCUUGGAGCCACGCGCAACCAACACUAUCAGUCAUAGCAGAAACAGCUAGCGGAUGCACUAACACUAUACAUGUUGAUGAAUGCAGACAUAAAAAUCAAACAUCCAACUUUUAUUGCAGAAACAGAAACACCCACCCAUGGAAAAUUCCAAUAAUAAACUGGAGCUUUUACUGAAAGAAACAAUAUAGAUAGCUACAUAGAGCACCAAGAUCUCUUAACAACCACUAAUACAUCUAAAUCUUGGUUGGAAACUCUUGAAGCCAUUCAUGAAUCAUAUUUGAUACUUCUAUCAGGAAAAGGUUGGAUUUGUAACACAUGUAUACCCUUUACAUUUAAGCACGAACAGAAAGCUGAAAUUAAUUUGUCUGCAGCAAAACCAACUUAAGAAAAGGCCACAAUCUUAGUUAGAAAUUCGUAGUCAUUCACACCCUGUCUUUUAUCACUGCUACCAGAAAAAGGUUGGAUGUAUUAACACAUAGGGUAAACAUCAACAAAAGAGGUUGCAACUAAUUUGUCUACAGCAAAAAUAACCCGAGAAAAAUUCCAGCAUCCUAGUUGGCAGAUGUUACAGCCAGUUCAUGCAGCACCAUUAUCGCUGCCUUCAUCAAAAGAUGCUGGUCUGAUUAACACUCCAAGAGAUUAUAAAUUGGCACCCGCCCACACUAGUUCCUAUCAAACAUCAUCACCUCCUACAAACACUUGCAUCAGCAUGUCGACCCAGCAAGGUUUCUGUCCCUUCGACCUGAAAACCCAUAGAAAGGACCUACCAUCCCUCCUUGCAGCUGCUCGACCAUUCCUCCGUGAUGAGCUAGAGAAAAUUGACCCAGAGCUCCCAUCCUUUCUGUCCAUCCUACGCUCAGCUGGUGCCGGUGAGCGUCACCACAAGAAUGGAGCAUUCCUAGCUCAUCUGCUCAAUUUCCAUCGCAUUAUACAGUUGUGGGGUGCGCCUCUUGACAUCACUCGAUGUGGCCUUUUCCACUCAUCGUAUGCCAACUCAUAUGUCAACCUCUCCAUCUUUGAAUCAAACACAACUCGCGAGCAUGUGCAGCAGCUCAUUGGUGCACCAGUUGAGCGCUUAGUUUUCUUAUUCUGCGCUGUCCCACGCCAUAAACUCAUUCAUGAAGAACUCCAUUUCCGAUACACCGAUGCAGAGCUGACAGAUCACCUAGCUGCCUCUGAUCUGUCCAUCAAGACCGCAAGGGAGACUGGAACGUUUGACACAUCUGAGGCAUGGCGCAAGAAGCUCUGCUCCCUACUUCCACCAAAAGGCAUCGAAGCGAGUCACUUCAAAACUGGUGAGACCAUAUCACUUUCGCGCAGGAUCAUAGCACUCUUUAUCUUGAUGACUAUCGCCGACAUCUGCGACCAGUACAUUGACUACCAAGACAAGCUCUAUGCUAACGAGAAUGGUCGGCUGGAGUUCCGCGGUGACAACUGGGGUGCUUUAUGGCCAGGAACUUGCAAGCCUGGUCUAUGGAUGAAUGCAGCAUCAAGGCUAGCAGUUCUGUACAACCUCAUCCUUAGAGAGGAAGAGCUUUACAUGCAAGAGCGGAACAAAAUGGGAGAGACUAUCCGCCUUGACCGAGAUGAAGAAAUCAAGCUAGUCAUCCCACCAGUUUUCAACUACUGCACCAAGGUGCUGGAUCCCAAUGAACAAAUAGCUGCAAGGGACCUUUAUUGGGAAGCCAUAUGCAGUGAUGACAGAAAGGAUAGGGACUGGGAGAAAGUGGAGAAGGUCCUCUUGGAGAGUAUCAAGAAGAACCCAUUUGUGGGAGAACCUCACCUGGCUCUUACACAAGUGUAUCUCAAUAUGGAGAGGUAUGAAGAGGCAAAGAAAGAGGCAGAGGAGGGACUCAAGUUGUUGCUGGAAUGGGGCAUAAGCUGGGACAAAAGGAUGACUUGGGAAGUCUGGGUGUCUUGGGGCAGGGUGAUGCUGGACAAAGCCAAAGAGAAUGAGUGGCCUCACAGUGCAGCAGGCAUCACCAACCUGGGGCUUGUGAAAUGAGCAGCUGGCAUGUAAUGAUAUUGGGUGCCGUGUCUUAUCUUGAAUUUGGAAGCCUAUCUCUUGUUGUUCAUGAAGAACCACCUGGUUCCUCGUAGGUUUAGUCUACAGUUUCUUUUAAUCUUGAAUAAUGUAAGACACCAUGUAGCCCAUCUUAUCUAAUAAAUAAGGAGAAGCAUGAGUCGGUACUCCUUUUUGGAAA